AUGUCAGAGAGUGAGAAGAACAAUGUGCUCAACAUUAACUAUAUCAUCCAGCCUCUUAUAGGCCCGAACUGUUCUGAAUAUGCAGUGGCGCAUGCAAAUGUGACUGUGACACCGUUUCGCACAUUCGCGGAGGUUUCAAUGCUGCCGGAUAUUGUGCAGAGCAUGAGGAAAUUGGGCCUGAACCGUGUGCAGCGGCUGCAGAGCUAUGCCUGGCCGCAUAUACUCAAUGGAUCGGGACACGGCGUACUCAUUGUGAGUGCCCCACGCAGCGGCCGCAAGAUGGGAUAUGUGCCGCCCAUGGCCCACCCUGCCGCGAAUCGAAGCGAGAGAGAUAUGGCGGAUGACACAUUGGAUAUCCCGCAUGGAAUGGGACCCAUUGCCCUGAUUCUAGUGCCAGUCUUGAGGCGAAUGGAGCAGGUUGCAGCGCUAUGCCAUGCGCUCAUGCCCAGGGAAGCGAACGUCGAGGACAAACGGACUAUUAUGGUGACGAAGGUGUUGCCCGUGCCAUCGGAGUGCACUCCAGCUUUCAUGGGUGCGUGGAUCAGCCAAAUAGUCAUCUUGGUGGCCACACCCGCACGAUUUGCCAACGCGUGCCAGUAAGGAGAAGGCAUGCUAAAGCUGAAUCAGCUGCAGAUAGUGGUCUUCGAUGACGUGGACCUCAUGCAGAAAGAGGAACUGAGGCGCUGGCACAGCAGUAUAUUCCAAGCAUGGCGACCAAACACAGUAGGCCAGAGGCACGCAAAGGCACACAUCCGCAUCCGCAAUUGGUGAUGGCGCCCAAGGACCACUUCAUUCAGGCUAAAGUCGCUUUCUCCACUUCGCACACGAUCUUUGCCACAUGCAUGGCGUCCAUAGUCUACCUUACGACAUUGAAGACUUUUAAUAUCCACUUGAACUUUUUCAAAGCACAGAUCGAGGCCAAGAUGAGCAAGCGAUGUGAGCAAACCAAAAAGAAGAUUUUGAAAUUCUUCGAGGAGCUCAUCAAGCUGGACGCACCGCCGAGCUCCCAAAAACCUCCAGAA